GUUUUCACCCAAAUCUCUGUUUCCUCUGCCGCCCGACGCCCAAAUCUCGCGGCUCGCCCCAAUCCUGCGCGCACGCCCGGUACCGCGGAGGUCCCAAUCCCGCACCGGAGUAGAGCUGCUGGCGGAGUUCCAAUCCCGCGGAGGUCCCAAUCCCGCUUGGAGUAGGGCUGCCGGCGCCGGGAAGUGCAGCACGCCAACCGCCGAGGCCGGGGCCGGGGCGCCUGCCCUGCCGUCGCCACCAGAUAGGCGGGAGGUAGGGGGGCCCCUCGCCGUGAUUGGGGAGGCAGGCCGGCCGCCGCGAGGCCGGGGGCCGAGGCCCCUGCCCUGCCACCGGAGCACCAAGAUUUUGGGGAGGAGGGCUGCCAGAGCGAGCCGAGCAUCUGCAGAGGUGGAUUGCAAAAAUUUGAGUACAGGGCUAUUCAUUGUUGUGGAAGGCAAUGGCAGAAGUUGAUACAAAGUUACUUGAAGUUGGUUUGAGGUUCAAAAAUCCAUAUAAGGGUUGGUUAUUUUGGGUGGCAUAUGGCGGCCGUACUGGCUUUGAUGUGAGGAAAAGAUGCACAAAUGUAAGCAAAAUGGAUGGUAAGGUGACUUCAUGCAGAUAUGUUUGUUUCAAUGAGGGUCAUCGAACAAAAAGGCAAACGGAACAUGUGACAAGGUGUUUUAGAGCUGAUACAAGAACUGAUUGCAAAGCUCAGAUGGUUAUUUCAUUGGAUCGAGGUGCAGGAAAUUAUGAAGUCAUUGAUGUGCUUGAACACAACCACCCACUCCACUUGCCAGAGACCUUCCACUUGAUGAAAUCACAACGCAAAAUUUCAAAACUCCAAGCUUUUGAAAUAGAAACAGCUGAUGAUUCUAGUAUUAGGCCAAAAGCUGCCCAUGAGUUGGCCACUCGUCAAGUUGGUGGACCACUUAACCUUAGCUACAGUUGCCGUGACCGCCAAAAUUAUUUGCAAAGCAGACGUCAAAGGGAAUUGGCUUUUGGACAGGUAGGAAGUAUGUUGAAGUAUUUUCAUGAUAAAAUUGUUGAGAACCCAUCUUUCCAAUAUGCUUUGCAGCUGGAUUGUGAGGAGCACAUUACCAACAUAUUCUGGGCUAACGCAAAGAUGAUCCUUGACUAUGCACACUUUGGUGAUGUUGUCACAUUUGACACAACUUUUGGGACAAACAAAGAAUAUAGGCCAUUUGGUGUUUUUCUUGGGCUCAAUCAGUUUAGAGAAACCACUAUUUUUGGUGCUGCACUUCUAUUUGAUGAAACAGAAGCAUCAUUUACAUGGUUGUUUGAGACUUUUCUAGCUGCACAUAAUGGGAAGCAACCUAAAACUAUUUGCAUAGAUUAAGAUGCAGCUAUGGGAAAAGCCAUAAAGAUAGUAUUCACAGAAUCAUAUCAUGGUCUCUGCACCUUUCACAUAAUGCAGAAUGCUGUGAAGCAUUUAUCUCCAGUGAAAGGUAAAGAGGAUGAUGAAGGUGAAGAGGAAGACGAAGGUGAAGAGGAAUCGCAUGUUCGCUUGUAUGUUUGGCCACGAAGAUGAGGCAUCAUUUGAAGAGGCAUUUGAGAUUAUGAGAUCCAAAGUUCAUAAGCAAACAUAGUUAGAUAGCAUUUACAAGGUGAAAGAGAAAUGGGCUGAAUGUUAUAUGAGAGAUGUCUUCAGUUUAGGAGUGCGAAGUACACAGCUAAGUGAGAGCUUCAACAAUGCAUUGAAGAACCAUUUGAAAUCAGAUUUUGAUAUCAUUCGAUUUCUUAAGCAUUUUGAGAGGUCAGUUCAAGACAAAAGAGAUAAGGAACUACAAUCUGAAUUUGAGGCAAGGAAGAAGCUACCUAGAAGACUAAUGUGCACACCGAUGUUGGUUCGAGCUAACCAAGUGUACACUCCAGUGAUUUUUGAAGCUUUCCAAAGCGAAUAUGAAAGAUCCAUGGCUGCGUGCGCUAGAGUUUUGGAUGGAGAACACAGAUAUGCUGUUGUAGUUGGGAAUUUGCUUGGUGAGGUAAGUUCAGAGGUGGAGGAGUACACAGUGAUCGGUGAUCCUCUAAACCAAAAAACUUCAUGUAGUUGUAGAAUGUUUGAAAGGAUAGGAAUUUUAUGUGCACAUGGUCUGAAAGUUCUUGAUCUAAUGAAUAUAAAAAAAUUGCCACCACAUUACAUCAUAAAGAGAUGGACUAGAGAGGCAUGUAAUGAAAAUAUACAAGAUAGGCAAGGAAGGAAUGUGGUAGCAAAUCCAAAAUUGGAAGCUCAACUACGGUACAAGAUUAUGUCUCAUAAGUUUCACACUUUGGCACAUAAAGUAGCUCACUCUCCAGAAUGUUGUGUAGUGUUAGAAAAUGCACUUGAUUGCCUUUGUACACAGCUAGAGGAGAAACUCAAUUUACUAUCUGCUGGUGGUACACAUGAGCCCUACGAGGACAAAGAAAAUAUUGACCCAAACGCGCAACAUGGAGAUGAUUUGCUUAGUGCUACACAACUAAACAAGAAGGAGGUUCAGUCAAACAAGUCAAGGAGAAUUAGAACUUGGAUUGAUAAGCUACGCAAGGGGAAGCGCAACAAUCCUAAAUCUGCAAAACCAACAAAAAAGGGAGUAAAGAAAAAUGAUGCUUUACAGCCACAGGUACAAGUUAAGGAUGAUGGCAGCCACAAAGAAAGAGACGUGGAGCUUCAACAAUACAAUAUCAUUAGCGAUUUUACCCACCUUGUGACAGCACCAAGUUGUGAUGAUGAUAUUCUCUGUGAUCAAGAUCUGUUCUAAUCUUUGCAAGAUGGUUAGAUGGCUUGUGGACAGCAUGGUUAUAUGGCUUUUGUACAGGAUAGUUUGAUGUUUUUGGACAGGAAUGGUUAGAUGCCUUCUCGACAGGACUAACUAUAGUAUUUUGUGGUCUCUGUUUAGUAUUUUGGACAGGGCCAACGAUAGUAUUUUGUGGCCAAAUUGUACAAGUGAAUAUGGCCUACCCUUGGAAUAGUUUUCUAUAUGCUCCACAUACUAGUUUGAAUGACAUGUACGAUCCAAAAACUUAUCUCACAACAUUAUCAACUUCUAUAUGGCUGUUUCCAACUAUCUGUGAUGUCUGAAUGCUCCAAGUUUCAAGUUUA